UAUGUGUUUAUAUUAAAGUUCAAUGCUUAGUGGUGUAAAAUGAUUGCGUGUGAGGUUAACAUAGAUGUAAAAAUGGCGUACUGCUUCCCACCACGAGGUUUCGUUUCCCCCGUAAACAAUCAACAAUUCCCACCUCAUUUCGACAUACCACCUUUCCCAACACCCAGGCAAUCGUUUCAAGGGUCUCCUAGGCCACCACGGGACUUCACAGCGGGGCCUGACAGGCCUCCAUUUGCCGCAGGAGCACUGCAGUUUAGACCACGACCCGCUGGACGAUUUUCCCAUGCGAUCGCACCGGCCUACUAUUGUGACAGACCGGGCGAACGCGGUGUGUGGGCCGGAGGAGUACGCGCCGGUACGCCUGGGGUGAUACGGGGGCCUUUUCCCGUCCAGACGCCCACUGUGCCUGCUAGACCCGACCAGGAGCUCAGCUGGUUUCACCAUCCAGCCAACAAGAGCAAUGAUAUCACAGAAUGUGAGAGUUGGCCGGGAUUCCAAGGGAAAAAAGACUCACACCAAGUUCCAUUUGGUGGACUGCACAAAAACAACCAGAGAAAUGGAUCCCAGAACUUUACGAAGGGCAAGUUAUCAACCUGGAAAAGCCAAAAACAGAACAAACCUUUCAAAAAGAAGAGACGAAGGAAGCCAUCUUCCACAGAAAAGCAGGUGUCUACUCAGCUGGAGUUCUACUGUGAUGUGUGUGACAGGGGUUUCAAGUCAAAAGCAUUGAUUGAUGAACACUUUGCAGAACAUGUCAAGUGCAAGCAUGAGGGCUGUAAGUUUGAGGCUCACUUCAAGGUUGUUAAGCUUCACAGCAAGUUACAGCAUGGACCUGGAAGUAAGAGAGUUGCCUGGCUAGAUACACCUGCUGAGGUAUCAAAGUGGCGAGCAGAGAGAAAGCGAAACUACCCAUCUCUAAGCAAUAUUGCCAAGAAAGCUGAAACCUUGAGAAACAACAAAGAGAAGGGUGUUGUCCUUGAGAAUAAAUACUUUGGCAAAAUGCGACAGCCAAAGCGCGGAUGGCAGAAACGGAGAGAAGUUGCAGGGGAUAACGCGAUUGAUGCAAAGAAAUCAAGGAUGGAUGAUGCAAAGAGCAGCCAAGAUACCAGUGCAGGAAGCAAGAUGUCGGACAAAGAUUUGAAAGCUGAAAUCUCCACAUGCUGUGAUGUAACUUAUGAUUACGGUGAAGUGACCUCAGCUGGUCAUCUUGGGUCUCUCUCUGCUCUGGCUGCUUAUGAUGGACCCAGUGAUGAAGAGGAAGGAGAAAUAAGGGAAGAUGCCCCCAAGCAUGAAGAGAUGACACCCCCUCAGAAGCCAUCUACAAGUACCAGGAGGAAUAGCAGAGGGUGGAAACCAAGUUGGAAAGGCACCCGAGGAAAAAAGACAACUAGAGGUACAAAAGCUGGCCAAAAAGUCAAGGAGAGAUUGGAGAAACAACGCCAAGAAAGAUUAAAGAGAAGACCCAACUUGUUGGAAAUGCUUUUGGCACCAGAGAUUAGACGAGAGCGUAACAUCAUUCUGCAGUGCGUUCGGUAUGUCGUCCAAAACAAUUUCUUUGACAGGAAUCAAACAGAAGAGACAAACCUUGUAACAAAGCAGGUGUCCGAGAAUGGACUGCAUCAGUUGGAAGAUUCUGUCAGAGAAGAAUUUCAGGUUAACGUGAGAGAGACAAAUGGAGAUGUUUCUUUCCCUAAGGAAGAUGUGUGUGAGAGAGGAUCAAACGGGCAGACAGCUGAAACUGGUACAACCUACCAAGUACAUGAUCAGGAUGAUUCCAUGCACUCAGAGAUAGCGGGAAAACAUCUUAAUGGGGCCAAGGAAACAGAUGUUGAGAGUCCUAGAGAUACAGAGGAGCAAGUAGCCUCUCAAGAAAAGGGAGACGGUGAGUUGAAUGUCAAGACAGAAGCAGGAGGAACUCAAGAUCGUGGUUCGUUGAGUGGUAAAGGUGGUAUCAAAUCUGUCGCGGACUCUGCUGUUGCCAGCUCUGAUGGGAAGGAAAGAACUGAAGGAAUAAGAGACAUCAGAUGUUCUGCUCUGGAUGGACCUGAUAUGGAAGGAGAUGAAAGAUUAGCUGUAAAUGAAAGACAAAACCAAAUCUUCCAAAAUGGGGCAAGUUGUGAUCUGGUUAUAUCAGAGUCCAAUGCUGACACAAAUACAAAUGGAAUUUAGAAGAUGACAAAUUCCAGUAAGCAAAGUAGCUUGGAACAUCUUGUAACAGGCCACGAAUAAGACUUAUUUCAAUCAAAUGGUUGGAAUAAGGAAUUUCCAGUGAGUUUCAAUCAUUUGCCAUGUAUUGUGACGAGUAUGAACAAAUAAGUAACCUGUUUAAAGAAAAACUCAACAAUCUUUGCAUUAAUAAUGUGCCAAGAGGGAAUGAGAUGUGUUAAUUGUAAGUGAACUAAGUCAAAAUAUCAACUCAAGACUGUAAAAUAAAGCAGAUAUGUAACACCAGCUUCUCAGAAAAUUGCGCGAUUAUCAUGAACUUUUAUUUGAAAUGGCCAUCAGGAAUGCACACGACAAUUUGGGUGUUUUCCAGUGUACAGUGCCGUUAAUUCAGUACUUGAUGUUUCCUAAUUUAACUGUUCACACGUUUAUUGCUUUAAUCUGAGUAAUUAAUGCAUUCUUCCCCACGUCUCAGACUGGACAUAAUUCACAGGGGGCAAUGAAUUAAUAAGAUUGCUACUCUGAUUAAAAAAUAUUCUGACAUUAUUGAUAUUAAUUUAUUUUUGUCUAUUUUAUUUCUUAUAAUGAAACAUCAAUGUAUUUGUAAACCAGUUUCAAUUUUUUCUAAACCUGCACUCUCUGCUAAAUACAGAUGAGUAACAACAGAACGUGUUCACAAGUUGUUUUAUUUCCUUGAACAGAUGAGAACUUUGACAAAUACAGAAACUUUCUUGGAACUUCCUCAGCCAUUUCGUCAUCCGUAAUAACAGUUGAUACCAUCCCAUUAAAAUGGGCAUUAAAGACAUUGAAAUCAAAAUGAAACCACUGCCAAUAAUUCAGUGAAGGAAAGUAACAAGGGCAUUUUUUGGAAAUAGAGUUUGUAUUCAUAUUAAAGGAGUUAUCUCUAACAUUUGACAGCA